GCAGCAAUCCAGGACAUACAGUAUAUAAGGGCUCCCUCUUAACACUCUAUAACUGUGUUGAUUCUUCCAUCCAUUCAAAAUGGGAAAGAUCUUCUUUUACGAGGAAAGGAACUUCCAAGGCCGCUGCUAUGAAUGCAGCUCAGAAUGUUCGGACCUCUCGUCUUACUUCAAUCGCUGCAACUCUAUCAGGGUGGAGAGUGGCAACUGGAUCCUGUAUGAGCAACCCAGUUACAGGGGACACCAGUAUUAUCUCUGGAAAGGAGAAUAUCCAGACUUUCAGAGAUGGAUGGGCUUCAAUGACUACAUCAAGUCCUGCCGAUUUAUUCCCCAAAAUCAUAGUCAGUACAAAAUGAGAAUCUAUGAAAGAGGAGAUUUCCAAGGGCAGAUGAUGGAGUUCUUUGAUGACUGCCCCAAUACUUAUGAUCGAUUCCGUUUCCGUGACAUUCACUCCUGCAAUGUGUCUGAUGGCCACUGGAUGUUCUACGAGGAACCCAACUACAAGGGGCGUCAGUACUACCUGAGACCUGGAGAAUACAGGAGAUUCAGUGACUGGGGAGCCUCAAGUGCCAGAAUUGGCUCUUUUAGAAGAGUCCAUCAUAUGGUUUAACUAAUUUGUAACAUAUAACGUUUAAUUCUCAAUAAAAAUUACC